CUGUGUUGACAACGGGAGCGUUGUCAGCCCGARUGGAUCGCUAACUUAGAAAAUAUAGCUUAUUAAAUGUAUUUCAUCACCUAGUAGAGAAGCAUAAGCUGUAAUCUUAUAGUUUUUUUUUUACUCUGCGCGUGACGGCAUGGACAACCGUUGUUAUUGUUGUGCUUCAAAGUUUAGUCUCUUCAAGAAGGAGGUGGGCUGUAAAAGCUGCGGACGCUCCUUCUGUUCCAGCUGCUUGACUUUCAGUGCUGUGGUGCCUCGCUGUGGCAACACCCAGCAGAAGGUCUGCAAGCAAUGUCAAGGUGAUCUGACAAGGGGGGAAUCUUCAAACAGUGCUGGAAGAUGGUCCCCUCCKGAAAACUACAAAAAACGGGUUGCUGCACAAGAGGCCAAACAGCAAGGACAGUCGACUCAGCCACAUGGAGGAAUCAGAAACAACAAAGCAGGCCUUUUACCAACUAAAGGCCUGAGUAAAGAAGAUCAAGCUAUAGCUGAGAGACUUCAGAAGCUAAAGGAAGACAAUAAACCCAAGUCUAUCCCUUCUGAGAAGGAGAUUGAGUCACGCCUUGCUGCCCUGAAAGCUCCCGCCCAGCCUGUGCCUUCUGCAGACGAGAUGUCAGSUCGUCUGGCAGCUCUACGGGGUUUGCCACCACCAUCUAAAGCUCCUCCUCCUGUGCACCAGCCUCCUGACAGCCGGACUCAGACUGAACGAGCCAAUGAUUUGUUAAGACAGAUGACAGAAGAAGUUGCCAUUGACAACCAACAGUCGAGYCCAGAAAGCGAYGUAGAUCUGAACGAUCUCAACAAAGGGGAGGGAGCUGAGUUGGAUGAAAACGUGGAGGACAACCAGGGAGCAGUCAAACAGCUGGAGGCAGAGAAGAACCAUCUGCUCGAGGAAGCCAUGAAGGAGCUGAGGAACGAGCGCCACACCCAGGAUCAGAUCCUCGACAUGGCUAAGAGGCUGGCACAGYUGAAGGGGCAGGACCCAGAUAAAGUCACAGCUGAGGAUUUUCAACAACCUGACAGUGAAGAGGAGACGGAUGAAGAAGCUAUGAGGAGGGUGCUGAAACAGCUUUCAGAAGAAGCUGCGCUCGAUGAAGCCAGUGGCUACAACAUACCUGUGGAACAGAGCGGCCCGAAGAACACAGAGAAAAAGAAGAGCUCUAAAAAACCAACCGCAGCUCCCGUGCCAAAGAUCAAGACGCCUUCAGCUGCGGUGGCACGCCAGCCGUCGGACAGCGACGACGAGGAGCUUCCGUGGUGCUGCAUCUGUAACCAAGACGCCACCCUCCGCUGCCACACCUGUGAUGGAGACCUGUACUGCAGCCGCUGCUUCAGGGAAGGCCAUGAUAAAUAUGACAGGAUGGAGCAUCGCACCGCUAACUACACUGCCCCCAAAAAGAAGAGGAAGACGUGAUCGCAGAGCUGUUUGCCUUAAACUGUGACCCGUCGAGACUUAAUCUUUACCUUCACGUGACGUUUUACUGUAACUAAAAUAGCAUCUUAGAGAAAUAAAACACUACCUACUGURUUAUAUACAAACCCAGAGCUCGUCGCAACACAUCUACUUAUAUUAGCCAGUCAUUUACAGGAAAAGCUGUUCCUGCUUGURGUACCUGCUGAGGCUGAUGUAAACGAAAUAUAUUCGAGGAAUCCUUUUCUAGGAGCGCACAGGCUAAAAAUAGACAUGACCUUUAAAAAAGUCAGGUACAAUAUGGGUAACAUUUGAACCAUAAUUUUGGUGGAAUAUUCAGAAAGUGUAAGAAUCAAACUGUAGGAAGUGUUUGGGGGUAAUUUAGUAAAAACACAAAGCUGCUGCACACAAAACAGUUUAGAGCUGUCAAAGUGAAAUAGCAUUUUUUUUCUUUAUUUGUCCUACUUUUUUUUACUCCAUCAAAGCCUCAUCCUAAAGUGUACUUUGCUCUCAUCAUCUCUUGAUUAUUUUUAACUUUUACAACACAAAGCCGACAGAUCUUGAGCUCAUCUGAGAUGAUGUCCGCUCCCAGACUGUUGUCAGCUCCAAAACUGAAGAACGAGUCGAUAUAAAAGGAUCACCGAGGCCUUUGUUUACUUUACGGUGUCAUUCUUGCAGUCUAUGUUUGGCUGACUUUAUGAGAUUUUCCUGUCCUUGUGUGGGGUAUAAUUAUAAAUGAAGCAAAACUGUUUGAUACAGUCACACCUUUGUGUUUUUAUUUCUAAAAAUACUUUUUUAAAUUAAAAUAAUAGUCUGGCA